CGUUUACCUUUAAUAACGCACCAAAAACCAAAGUAAGUACAUUUGGAAAAAGCCACUCUCGUACUUUAUCGUACAAAACCUUCAUUCAUUCGAUUGUACGUACUUAAAGCAAGAAAACAGGUUUUUCAUGAAAUUCUUUUCCGUUCAAUUGGCUUCGCGAUAAAAAAAUAAGAAAAAAAAAAGAGAGAAGAGAAUCCCAUUAAAUUAGAAAAAAACUAAAAAUCAAAAAGAAAACAUUGCAUAGGAGGCAUCACAACAUAACAACUGCAAUUUAAUCGCUUGUUGUAGAAACCCAAAGUGGACAUCUGGAAGUUAUCUGGUGACUAAGACGAACCGUUGGCAUCUCAUUCUCUUCUAACAAAGGACAAGGCGGUUAAAAAGAGAUAAAGGAUGUUUUGGUCACUUCUAAAAUUAUUAAUAUUGACGGCUUAUGCCUUGGUGGCUGUCGGUCGACGAGUGCAUUAUGAGAAUCAGAAAAUAAGCCAAUGUCCUCCACAGGAUUACAGUUGCUGCGUUAUUACACAUUGUCCAGCUGCCUGGACUUUAUUCAAUGCAGGUAUUCAGCCCAAGAUAUGCGGAUGGUCGUAUAGGACGCCACUAGUGUGCUGCCCUCGCUAUAUUCAUCAAGAACAAUUGCAUGAUGACGAUGAUUUAUUCCCUUCAGAAGAUGAAACUCCUGCAACAGAAGAAGGAUCUCAAGAUUCUGGGGAAGAAGCACCACCUUCUAUUGAACAGAAAUCAGCACCUGUCGAUGCAGUAAAUAUACAGCCAGACAUAGAGAGUAAACCUCUGAAAGUCAGCCUUACUAGUGCAGGAAAUUGCGGUAUUAGAGAGGUAGAUCCUUCUUCAGAUAUCCCAGAAAGUGCAAUCCGGAAUAUCGACGAUGUUACCCCAGAUCCGUCGGAAAGAACGGAAAUAGUUGUAGUAGGUGGCACACCUGUCAACCAAAAGUGGUCAUGGAUGGCUGGAAUAUAUAACAGGAACGCUCAGAGACCGUUUUGUGGUGGAACUGUCAUAGACGACAUGCACAUUCUGACAGCUGCCCAUUGCUUUGAUCCCAGAGGGUUAAACACCAGUCAGUAUACGGUCAAAAUCGGUGAAGUUGAUUUAAUGGCAUCAAAUCCGAGUUACGAAAUUGACGAAAUAAAGGCACAUGAAAACUAUCAACCCGGCCUUUACUAUGAUGAUAUUGCACUCAUACGUCUCAAAGAAAGAGUACCGAAUGACGCAAUUGCGAUCUGCGUACCAGAAGAAGAUAAUUUAAAACACGGUGACAAUGUAACGGUACUAGGCUGGGGGCAAUUAUCUUUUGGUGGUCGAAGCACUAGGACAUUACAAGAGGCUCACGGUAUAUCAAUUGUUAGAAACCGAGAUUGCAAUUCGAACUACGAAAAAUUACCCAAUAAUCAGUUUCCAAAUGGUAUAACAAAGAAUAUGAUCUGCGCAGGUCACGAAAAAGGUGAAGUGGAUUCUUGCAGGGGUGAUUCUGGAGGCCCAUUGCUCCGAGAGUACACUAAGGACAGAUGGGCACUGGUGGGCAUCAUUUCCUUCGGCUUUCGCUGUGCAGAACCAGGUUUUCCGGGAGUCUACACUAAGGUUGAGGCUUAUCUCCCGUGGAUAAGGAAACAUAUUGAUGAAUAUAUCAAAAAAAGUUGGGUUGGACCUAUAAUUGUACCUUACAAUCCAGCCGCAUUUUCUACAGCAAAAUGAUAGGAAUUAUUUCAAAACGGACAUAAUAAAUAGUGAUUUUUUUUUCA